AUGCUGUAUGAGGCCAAUGAUGAAAAUUACCCUUUGCGGCCAAUUCAAAAAGAUCUGCUGGGUGUUUUAACCCCAUCAACUCAUCUCGCAAACAUUAAGAUAAAGAAACGAGGAACCAAGAGCCCAGGAGACAAGAGCCUAGAAGCCAGGAACCCCAAUGCUGGAGGCCCACAAGCCAAAAUCCCAGAAACCAAAAUUCCAGAGACGAAGGAUUUCAAUGAUGGAAACCUGAGACCUUUAGGUCUACAACUUCCCUUGCCAGUCCAUCCAAAUGCAUAUAUUCCAGGUGCCUGGACAAAUACGAAAGAUUUGGGAUAUGUAUCCAAAUCUAAUCCCAUCGAAUUAAAACGACCUUUAUCACGUAGGUUUCCUCCAAUUGACGAGGCAAUUGAGGAGUUCUUUGAAGCCGGUAACAUUUGCGAGAAGGAAAACAUCGCAACCUCGCAUGGUUUCUCUGGAUUAGUUAGCCAUCAAAAUCAAAAGUCUUGUCAUAACCUGGGAAGCAGCGCAAACCUUCGAAACCUCGACCAAUUCAAAGACAUCGAGCCUCACAUGACAGCGCCACUUCCCAACAUCUCCAAACUUGACCUCUCUCUCUUGAACUCCCAAAAAGAUACCACCAAUGUCUCAAAUGCCGUCCCUCUCGCGGGUGCCUGGGAAUUCAACUCUUGUGAGGAAAGCGACGAGUGUAGUCUCUUACACAUUCUUACGCACGAAUUGGAGCAUUUGGACGAUGCCAACCAGACUAAAUCGCUCUGGGGAAUCCUCAAGCAGAUGACCAUUGGUCUCAAUGACGAAGAAUACUUUGAGAAGUAUCCAUGGUCGAGAUAUGUGUCAGACGACAGAGAGAAAGACAGAGGUCUGGCAUAG